UCUACAGUCCCCGGUCAUUUUGUGCGACAGCAGCCGUUGAGUGUUGCGCAGGCCGGACGAAACACAGCGCAACAUGUCGAAAGAUAGCCAGUCCCGUGAACCGGAGCAGCUCCGGAAGCUGUUUAUUGGAGGCCUCAGCUUCGAGACAACAGACGACAGUCUGCGCUCCUAUUUUGAACAAUGGGGAACCUUAACAGACUGUGUGGUUAUGAGGGACCCGAACUCCAAGCGCUCCAGAGGCUUUGGUUUUGUCACAUAUUCCUGUGUGGAAGAAGUUAAUGCUGCCAUGGAAGCACGUCCUCACAAAGUUGAUGGUCGGCUUGUCGAGCCCAAGAGAGCUGUGUCCAGAGAGGAUUCCAACAAACCGUUUGCCCAUACAACAGUGAAAAAGAUUUUUGUGGGAGGCAUCAAGGAGGAUACGGAGGAAGAGCAUCUGCGAGAAUACUUUGAGCCUUUUGGGAAAAUUGAAGCUGUUGAAAUAAUGGUUGAUCGUGGCUCUGGAAAAAAGAGAGGCUUUGCCUUUGUAACGUUUGAUGACCAUGAUACUGUGGACCGUAUUGUCAUUCAAAAGUACCACACACUUAAUGGCCACAACUCAGAAGUGAGGAAGGCGCUGUCCAAGCAAGAGAUGCAGAACUCUUCAUCGAACAUAAGGGGUCGUGGGGGCGGUGGUGGAAAUUUUGGUGGCCGAUUUGGCAAUGAUGGUUACAAUGACGUUGGUGGCCGUGAUGGAUAUGGUGGUGGACGAGGAGGCAGAGGUGGUGGGGGAUAUGGAGGCGGUGAUACCUUUAACAAUGGAUUUGGAGGUGAUGGUGGCUAUGGAGGUGGUGGCCAAGGUUAUGGUGGAAACCGUGGGUAUGGUGGUGGUGGUGGAGGAGGCCCAGGGUAUGGCAACCAAGGUGGCGGAGGAUAUGGUGGUGGCGGCAGCGGCUAUGGUGGCGGCGGCUAUGACAACUACAACAACGGAGGUGGAAGCUUCGGUAGUAGUGGUGGUGGUGGUGGUAACUUCGGAGGAGGUGGCAACAGCGGUGGUGGAAACUACAGUGACUUCGGCAAUUAUAAUAACCAGUCAUCCAAUUAUGGCCCCAUGAAAGGAAACUUUGCUGGUGGUGGUGGCGCCGGCGGCGGUGGCAGGAACAGUGGUGGCCCAUAUGGCUCUGGAUAUGGUGGUAGCUCAGGAGGUGGUGCUGCAGGCUAUGGCGGUGGAACUGGAUCUGGAGGUGGAUAUGGUGGAGGAUAUGGCGGCAGUUCUGGAGGUGGCAGACGAUUUUAAGUUUUUGUAAGGAUUCAGUACUUAGGAGAGGAGGCAGGACAGCGAGAGGGGUGACAGGGCAGCGGCAGGUUUUCUUCCUAGAUCUGCUCAGCUGUUCAGAAGAGAUGUACAGUAGUGCGAUCAUGAGUGGAACUACUUUUUGUUUAUUGAUGUGAAUGUCGGGGUUUUUAUAUUUUUAUUUACUUUAUGAAAUGCAUUCCAAAUGCAGUUUGUGUAGAAUUGUCAGUGCCCUAAUUGUGUAACUUCCCAACCAAUCAAGUUGCAAUAAAACAACUUCCAGUUUUUUUUAA